UCAGCCGUGCCGUUUACGACGGUGCUCUCGCAAACGAGAAGGGCGUCGACAGGCAGUGCGCCCACCGCAGGCCGUGACCUAGGAGGUGAAGCGAGCACCGCGACCGCGAAGCGACCGCCAUGCGCGGAGCCCGACGUCAAGACAUGGUAGCUUUCCUAUGUCCUACCGAGGCCCGGCCCGUCGCCUCGUGAGCGGUCUCCUCCUGGCAGCCUCACUGCUCAGCCAGUGGCCGAGGCCUGCGUACUCGGCGGCACCGCAGGGCAUUUCAAAUCUGGGCAGCAGACUGUGCACGGCCAACCCGUUCAUCGUGUGGGCCAACGAAACGGGCGAGGGCUCGGCGGGAGCACUCAUGGUCUGGCUGCUGGCGACGCGGGACAUCAUGCCUUACUGCGACCUACACAUCGUGACGCCAGAGGGCGCCGGCGUGGUCAUGCACUUCCUGUCGGCUAGCCUACGCAGGGCGCCGCCACGCCGCCCACUCCGACGCGAGGCCACCAUGCUGCCGCAGGGGCCUCAGGGUUGCGUGGACACCGUCACCGUGGUGCACUUGCCCAGGUGCUAA